AUGCCCGAGCUCCUUGUGCUCUUUCUCUUGGCGGUGUUCAUGGCAGCCACGCUGUUUGCAGCAGGGUUCCUUCCGUGGAAGUUUGGCUUGCCGCUUCACCAGCUCGAUCUGGUUAUUGUCGCCAGUAUGGGCAUUUUGGUGGGCACCGUGUUGGUUUUGGUGAUUCCAGAGGGCGCCGAGACGAUCUUCGAGGGACGUGGCGCAGGGCCUCACAUUUUGCUGACGUCGACCGUCGCAGGCACCUCGCUCUUGGUCGGCUUCAUGUUGAUGUUCUUUGUCGACCAGUACACGGUGGUGAAAGACUCCAGUCCGUCCCAGUACUCGGACGAAAGCUCCUGGAAGGCCCGCCUCGAGAGCACCUUGCACUCCACCUUGACAAUUGGCCUCAUUCUUCACAGCUGCGUCGACGGCAUCGCCUUGGGACUGUCGUUUUUCCACGAAAACUCCUUCCACAUGUUCUUGUUCUUCAUGAUCAUCAUCCACAAGCUCCCCACGGCCUUCAGCUUGGCCGUGGUGCUCCACACAGAGGGCUUUUCCCAGAACGUGGUCAACUUCCACCUCCUCUUGUUUGCCUUGUCCACGCCCACCUCCUCCCUACUCACCUACGGCAUCAUCUCCACCUUCCACUUGGACUCGCCCUUGGUCUUGGGCAUCUUGCUUCUAUUUAGCGGCGGCACCUUCUUGUACUCCGUGAUCCACGUCAUGAUGGAGGUCUUGGAGCGCAAGGGUAAGGACAUCGAGUCCGCCAAGCCCCAGGCCCAGGCCUUUUCCUCCACCGAGUUGAUCUUGACCGUCGGCGGCAUGGUCCUUCCGAUUCUCUUCUCCGUCGCCGGCGCACAUUAA